AUGAAAAAUUUUUAUUUUCAAAGAUUCUAUGAAAAAGAACCUUCCGAUUAUUUUUUUUCAGGAAGUGAUGACUUUUCUCAUGAUAAACAUACGAUUCCAUUACGCAUUUCUCACCCCUCAAAAGCUGAUCAUAUCGAUGCAGGCGUUCGAUUUUGCUUUCAUCAUUUGUCAGAAAUUGAAAUUCAGUUACUAAUUUCCGGAACUCCAAAAAAGGAAACGUCAUUAUAA